AUGCAGCCACUCAGUCACUCACACAGGAACGGUUUUCCCGUUCCUUUCUUCGGUUUGGCUCUUGUGCUACUGGUUUGCUUGGAUUCUCCCACCAGUUCCUGCACAGACCAGGAGAAGAGCUCCCUACUCCAGCUCCUCACUGGGCUCUCGAGCGAUGGUGGCCUCACAGCAUCGUGGCGAAUCGACACGGACUGUUGCACGUGGGAAGGGAUCACCUGCAACCAAGAUAGGAUAGUCACUGAUGUUUCGCUGGCAUCUCGAGGCCUUAAGGGGUCCAUCUCGCCGUUCCUUGGCAACCUCACUGGCCUUUUGCGCCUCAACCUGUCCCAGAACUCGCUGUCUGGUGGGUUGCCACUGGAAUUAGUGUCAUCCAGCAGCAUCCUUGUUCUUGAUGUCAGCUUCAACUGCCUGACAGGAGGCCUGAGUGAGUUGCCAUCUUCAACCCCUGCACGGCCUCUGCAGGUACUGAACAUCUCAAGUAACUUUUUUACAGGAAGGUUUCCAUCCACAACAUGGGAGGUGAUGAAGAGCCUGGUCGUGCUUAAUGCUAGCACCAACAGUUUCACUGGGCAGAUACCCACUACGCCCUGUGUUAGCGCACCAUCUUUUGCUGUGCUUGAACUCAGUUUCAACCAACUCAGUGGAAACAUCCCUCCAGGACUCGGUAAUUGCUUGGCGUUGAAAUUGCUCAGUGCUGGCUACAACAACCUCAAUGGGACGCUUCCAGAUGAACUCUUUAAGGUCAGGUCGUUACAGUACAUCUCGUUACCUAACAAUCGGUUAGAAGGAGCGCUGAAUGGCAUCAUCAACCUCACAAAUCUUGUCACCCUUGAUCUUGGGAAGAAUGAGCUCAGUGGAAAUAUUCCAGAUUCCAUAGGUGAGCUGAAGAGAUUGGAAGAGAUCCAUUUGGGCCACAACAACAUGUCAGGGGAGCUGCCAUCAGCUCUGAGCAACUGCACAAAUCUCAUAACGGUUGACCUCAAGGCAAACCAAUUCAGCGGAGAACUUACCAAAGUCAACUUUGUAAGCCUGUCCAAGCUAAGAAAAUUAGAUCUUGUUUUCAACGACUUCACUGGCACAAUUCCAGAAAGCAUAUACUCCUGCAGCAAGCUGACUGCAUUAAGGCUAUCUUAUAAUCAUUUCCAUGGCCAAUUGUCAGAAAAGAUAGGCAAUCUGAAGUCUCUCCGCUUUCUAUCACUUGUUAACCUCUCCCUUACAAAUAUCAAGAGAACACUUCAGAUCCUUGAGAGUUCCAGGAGCCUCAACACCCUUUUUAUUGGGUUCAACUUCCUGCAUGAGACCAUGCCAGAGGAUGACAGCAUUGAUGGUUUUGAGAAUCUUCAAGUUCUUUCUAUGAGUUAUUGUUCAAUGUCUGGAACAAUACCUGAUUGGUUAUCAAAGCUAACAAACUUGGGGAUGUUAUUUUUGCAAGGCAAUCAACUAACUGGACCAAUACCUGACUGGAUUAGCACCCUAAACUUUCUCUUCCAUCUAGACAUAUCAAACAACAGUUUUACAGGGGAAAUUUCAACUGCCUUAGCGGAGAUGCCAAUGCUAAAAUCAGAUAAGAUUGCAGCAAAGGCCUUCUUUGAGCUGCCUGUUUAUGUUUUCAGUCCAUUUAUCCAAUACAUCAACGCUGGUGCAUGUCCGAAAGUGCUUAAUCUAGCCGUCAAUAAAUUCACUGGUGUGAUCCCGGGGGAGAUGGGCCAAUUAAGAGCACUCGUUUCACUUAAUUUGAGCUACAACAAAUUAUCAGGAGAAAUCCCACAACCGAUCUGCAACCUCACGAACCUGCAGAUGCUCGACUUGUCCAGCAAUCAUCUUACUGGUACAAUUCUGGCCGCACUAAACAAUCUACACUUUCUUUCCAAAUUCAACAUUUCUGAUAAUGACCUCGAAGGCCCUAUUCCAACUGUGGGCCAGCUUAGCACGUUUCCAGAUUCUAGCUUUGAUGGAAACCCAAAAUUGUGUGGUCCUAUGAUUGUCAACCAUUGCGGUUCAGCAGAAGCAGGUCCAGAGUCCAUCAUCUCUAGAGAACAGAUUGGCAGUAAGGUCAUCUUUGCGAUCUCCUUUGGUGCUUUCUUUGGAGUGGGAGUUCUAUAUGAUCAGAUGGUCUUAGCGAGAUAUUUCGGCUAAAACCUUGUAACUGUUAUCACUGCCCAAACCGUUACGUGAUCUCAAGUGGU